AUGGAGUCUCCUCGUCUCCACCCGCUGUCUACAGACUCGGCCUCGAUCUCGACGGCGGUCGCUGAUCCCGAAGCUCAGGCGCCGUAUCACGACCAGGAGAAGCAGGCGUCGAACGUGCCAGCGGCUACCUUGACCGGCGGCGAGGGUCAGUCCGCCAUUCCGGAGGACAAGAAGGAGGAAGCGCUAGAGAAUGCGGAAGACGACUGGGCGCACGAUCCCAUCAACCCACGAAACUGGACACCAGCCAAAAAGUGGACAGCGGUCUCGAUAAUUUCCCUUUAUACCUUUGUUCCGCCUUUGGGCAGUUCAAUGAUGGCGCCUGCCUUGAUCGACAUCGCCCAGCACUUCAUUAUUACGAAUGAAACGAUUGUCGCAAUGACCCUGUCCAUUUUCCUACUCUCUUUUGCAAUCAGUCCCCUGAUCUACGCUCCCCUGUCGGAGAUGUAUGGACGCCUUUGGGUCCUACAUAUUAAUAACAUCUUUUUCCUGGCGUUCAAUAUCGGAUGCGCCUUUGCUCCGACAACAGGCUCAUUCAUCGGACUACGUUUUCUAGCUGGUUGGGUCGGCAGUGCUCCGAUCGCCGUAGGUGGUGGCGUUAUUGGCGAUAUGUUUUCCGCAAAUGAAAGGGCGACGGCUAUGGCCUUGUACAGCGUCGGUCCUCUUAUUGGUCCUGUCGUUGGGCCCAUUGCUGGCGGUUUCAUCGCGGAGACCAUUGGCUACAAAUAUAUAUUCAUCGUCGUCUCCGGUCUGUCAGCCAUCGCUGGUGCACUAGGAAUCCCUCUGCUCCGCGAGACCUAUGCGCCGGUCAUCCGCUUGCGGCGUGUAGUGGCAACGCACGAGGAUCCGGAAGAAGCUUUAGAGAAACAUCCUCAUCUUAUUCAGGACCAUAGCAGUAAAUUGCACCUCCUAUGGAUUAAUCUCAGUAGGCCAUUCGUCUUGUUGACGAGGAGCUUCAUCUGCUUCAUCUUAAGUUUAUACAUGGCCUUGAUGUAUGGCAUCUACUACCUUAUGUUCGCGACCUUCCCCGAAUUGUUCUCUGGUGUAUACCACUUCAGCACUGGCGUCUCUGGUCUAGCCUACAUCGGUCUCGGUGUAGGGUUUAUGCUUGCGACGUUCUUUGGUGCGCACUACGGAGACAAGAUGUAUCUCGCGCUUGCUGCACGCGAAGGCGGCAAAGGGAAGCCAGAGAUGAGGAUCCCGGCUCUGAUCAUCGGAUCGUUCUUUGUCCCAGUCGGCAUAUUUUGGUAUGGAUGGUCUGCGCAGGCCCAAAUUCAUUGGAUUAUGCCCAUCAUUGGGACGGGAAUCUUUGGGUUUGGUUUGAUGGCAACAUUCCUUCCUAUUCAGCUCUAUCUUGUUGAUGCGUUCACGUAUGCCGCAUCCGCAUUGUCAGCUGCCUCUGUCUUCCGCUCGAUGCUGGGCUUCGCGUUUCCUCUCUUCGGUUCUCAGAUGUACGCCGCGCUCGGACUAGGAGGAGGCAACUCGCUGCUGGGAGGGCUUGCGAUCGUAAUCGGGAUCCCGUUCCCGAUCUGGAUUUACUUUAAGGGUGAAGAUAUGCGGGCUCGAAGCUCUCUCACCCGCUAGGUGGGUUUAUCGUAUAUACACUGGUGGUAUCGUAGUUACAAUAAUUUGGAUCUGACUAUGCGCUUUCGGGCUU